AUAAUAUCACCAAAUACUAUCAAAUCUGAAACUUACAAAGAGACACUCCCAGAGUAUCAUGUCCAUGUCAGAUAAAACACUGAUCUCUUUGAUAGGUUAUAGGAGGGGCUACACAAGUAGAUAUUCCUACCCAGCUUUUGAUCUAAUUUGGGGGAAUAUCAGGAGUUGAGGGAAGUGUUUUAAUUAUUGGUGCCAGGAUAUGGUUAUUUGGCAGAAGUGAUAAUAUAUUUAAUAAAUAAUAGGUGGAUGAUAUUGAGUGCCUGAGUGUGAACGAUUCUUUGCCGUUAAAGGUAUAUCUAGCUGUGGAACAGGGGGGUAAUUAAAUGCCUUUAAGUUUGUGCCUUGACCCCAAAAUCCCAUGUGGCAUGCUGAAAUGUCCAAGACAGAUAUAAAUAAGGAAAAUCUUCCUGUUACAGAGGAUAACUAUGUGAAACUUCAGGUUAAAGCUUGUGCUCUGAGCCAGAUAAAUACAAAGCUUCUAGCAGAAAUGAAGAUGGAGAAAGAGUUCUUUCCUGUUGGGAGAGAAAUUGCUGGAAUUGUGUUAGAUGUUGGAAACAAGGUAUCAUUCUUUCAACCAGAUGAUGAAGUUGUUGGAAUUCUGCCACUAGAUUCUGAAGACCCCGGGCUUUGUGAAGUUGUUAGAGUGCACGAGCAUUACUUGGUUCACAAGCCAGAAAAAGUUACAUGGACAGAAGCCGCUGGAACCAUUCGGGAUGGAGUGCGAGCCUAUACAGCUCUGCAUUAUCUUUCUCAUCUCUCUUCUGGAAAAUCAGUGCUGAUAAUGGAUGGAGCAAGUGCACUUGGUAUGAUAGCUAUUCAGUUAGCACACCACAGAGGAGCCAAAGUGAUUUCCACAGCAGGCAGCCUCGAAGACAAGCAAUGCCUUGAAAGACUUAGGCCUUCUCUAGCCCGAGUCAUCGAUGUAUCUAAUGGGAAAGCCCAUGUUGCUGAAAGCUGUUUAGAAGAAACAGGUGGCCUGGGAGUAGAUAUUGUCCUAGAUGCUGGAGUGAGAUUAUAUAGUAAAGAUGAUGAACCAGCUGUAAAAUUACAACUACUACCACAUAAACAUGAUAUCAUCACACUUCUUGGUGUUGGAGGCCAUUGGGUAACAACAGAAGAAAACCUGCAGUUGGAUCCUCCAGAUAGCCAUUGCCUUUUCCUCAAGGGAGCGACGGUGGCUUUCCUUAAUGAUGAAGUUUGGAAUUUGUCAAAUGUACAACAGGGAAAAUAUCUUUGUAUCUUAAAGGAUGUGAUGGAGAAGUUGUCAAGUGGUGUUUUUAGGCCUCAGUUGGAUGAACCCAUUCCACUAUAUGAGGCGAAAGUUUCCAUGGAAGUUGUUCAGAAAAAUCAAGGAAGAAAAAAGCAAGUUGUUCAAUUUUAAUUUUGUUUUUUCUCAGACAUCAGUCGGAUAAACCCCUUCCAAUACUUGAAGCCAGAGUUUCCUUGGAAAUUGGCCAGAAAAGUCAAGGAAGUUAAAAGCAAGUUGUUUGGUUUUCCUGCUGUGAGUCAACAUGCUCAAAGUUACUUGAAAUUUUUGAGAAGUAUUUGAAAAAUUACAAAAACGGUCAAGACAAUUCUAUAACAUCCACAGGGAAUAUUCUGAAAUUCGUUUUGGUCGUUUCCAUACAUUUGCCUCGAUUAUAAAAUUCUUUCCAUGAAGAAACUACUUUUGAGAAAAGCCACGCUACUCUAUUGAUAAAGUUGUCUUUGGGUACGUCAAAAUAACAUUUUGUAUCAGCUCCGUUCUCAGUACCAUCUUUCCUUAGCUAGCCUUUGCUGUCGUAAUUUAAUCGUUUGAAUAUAUUUUCAAAUCUCAAAAGAUCUAGUCCAUAGACACUUUAAAA